AUGACUAUCAAUACUAUCUCCUUCAAUACCAUCUCCUACCUCGAUCCCCCUGUCAACUACCCUCUGAUCCGUCUCAGUGAGCUCCCAGAUCCUCCUGAUGACUGGGUUUUUCUGGGAGUCACCUACCACGGGGUCUACAAAUCACGCAAGCUUCGUCGACGGCAGGUUGAAGAGAGUGUAGAGUUUCACAGCUGGGGCUUUGACAUGGAAAUUGACAGCAUCACCAUUACCAAAGGCGCCAGUGCGUUGUGGAAACUGUUCUACAACCAAGCUGAACAGCACCGUCCCACGUCCUACGAAGAACUGCUGGACUACACCAGAGACGCGGGUCCACGUCUUUUGUCUCCCACCAUCGCCCACCCCAACCUUCUUCCCAUCAGCAGAUAUUACCCUCAUCCACCCAACCCAGAGGCCCAGCCCAACGCCAGAUUCGUCAGACCCCGUGAAGCAGUAGACUCGCUCCCCAACUCUUUCAUCGAGCAGAUGCUCUAUCCAGCCUCUGGCGGCAUCAUGGAGCUUCCUGAAGAACAGACUCCUUCUGACACGGACGCCACCGACACCACCGACACUCCCAUGCGCGUCGUCAACACAUGCGCAUGCGGCCGCGAGACCGUCGAUAUCCCUGAUGCCAGUGCGCGCACCGUCAUCGAGGCAGUCGAACGUACCAUCAUGCAGUUUGCCAACCCCGCUGUCGAACGUCACUCAUCUGCAGCACCUCGCGAUGUGCCACCUACCACCAUCACCGCUGAAGACGCCUCCGACAUUUCCAGAGCCAUCAUCGCCUCCUUCCCAGCUGUCGCCCGCCUUAAGCUCAGCGUCGACCCGCUCAACCCAACCCGACUCUUCUUCGACCCCCACUGUGGCCAGGAGUAUCCCUAUCGCGGCCGCGGUCCCGUCUGGAACAACAACUCCUCUGCCAUCGACUGCGUGAUCGUCGCCGGCCGUCUCCUCGACGCCGGUUCCACCGUCAUCGACCGUGCCAGAGACGGCUGGGACCAGCACCUGACCCCCGUGCAGCGCGCAUUCAUCGAAGCCACCGACAUCAACUGGGACACCUGCUCGACGGAGCUCAGCUGCGCCCUGCGCGACCGCUUCUGGGAGAUUGUCGCGACACACACGCAGGACGUGCAUGUCGGCUGCACCGGCCCCCUCUGGAGCAUCUGGAAUGCCACGACCUCCACGUUUGCUCAGUUCUCGUACGUCUUCGACGAGGAGACCAUCUUCUGUCCGUGCAUGAAGCGCGACCCGGCCCGCAUCAUCCGCGGCUCCAACUCGUGCGUCUUUUGUCCGUCCCGCGCCGACCAUACCGCGCCCAUCCCGCUGCAGGACGUCCUAUCCCGCGUGUUCGCUGCCCGCUACACAGCCGAUUGUCACCGCUGUGGCGCCUCCGACGCAAUCGACCAACGCCGCAUCUUCAGACAGCUGCCAGCACGUCUGGUUGUCUCGCUCGACGGCGCUGAGCCGAUCCACAACCACACCGUCGACAUGACCCUUGCCUAUGUCGACGCCGACGGCGAGAACCGCACCGCAACGUACCGCUGGCUCGGCGGCAUCUACUGUCUCGAAGACCACUUCCGACUCUACUGGACCGAGGCCCGUCCCGGCGAAGCCGACCCCGGCACCGUGGCCGUGUACGACAGCACCAUGUGCAACGGGGCGAUAGUGGGCUGCGUUGCGCAGGCUCACCCCAACGAUAAGGUGCCCGACGUCUGGUGGAGGGGCCGUCCCGUGCCGUUGCUGUUCUACGAGCGCGUGGAAAAUCCCAGUGCGGCGGUGCUCAAUCUCGCAGCGCAGGCGGCGUCAAACAUGGUGGAUGCGGACCGCAACGGUAGAAACCUCCUUCAAGAACAUGUCUCAUGGGGCACUCGCACCAACACUCGCACCACCACUACCACUACUACUCCCGCGUGUGCGUCUAGUCCGUUUGAGGCGUCCUCGUCUGGCCCGUGGAACCGGGUGCUUCCGAACGGCGGGGACCGUUUCCAUGCGGCGGCUGAGGGAUAUGUGCCGGACAGUGCGGUCGUGACGCCGAUCAUGAGUGCGCGGACGACUCCUUCAGUGCCGACUCCUGUGCCGGUGGGCUAUGCGGUGAAUCCGUUUGCGUUUACUAAUGGCAUGGCCAUGGGCGUUGAUAUGUUUUCUGCGUUUCCCAUGCCCAAUCCUGGCUUUAUUGGACCGGUGUACAACGGAGGGGAUGUUCCGGGGAAGAGGGGUCGCGAUGUGAUGACGACCGUAGACUUCCGCUUCGGGACACUGCCGCUUUGGUGA